UUCCCUUUUCUGCCAUCUUUUCAUUCAGCACCACAACAGAGCUGUGUUUUCUAUCUGAGCCACCUUAAAAAUUACAUCCUAUUUUUAACCUCACUCAGCCCAGAGCUAAAAGUUUCCUGCAUAGCUGUUUCACAAUGACUCAAAAGCACAGAAAACUCUGCACACAAAGAAACAGAAGAAGAUUUUUUGUCUGUAACGCCAAAGUAAAAAGUUUACAUCUACCUUUUAUGCCUUUACUUUCAGAAGUUGAAUUGCUGUCUCACAUUCAGUACCGUAACUGUUGGGUUUAAAUUUGUCUGAUGGAGUUUCAGACUGCAUUAAACAUAUGGAUUUUAAAAACUCUUAGCAGAAUGACCUUGUCCACUGGGUUAUAACCCAUUGCCCUCCGUAAGUUAUAGCUUGAAGAAUUAACUGCAAACUUUCAGGCUGUUCUCAAAAUUAUUUUUGCUUAUACUUCUGUUGUUCUGUCAUGGCUACAAGUAGAAAAAAAACUUCCUGUACAAAAGAGAAACUUUCUAUAUUUUUAAUUUGAGCAGCUGUCCCAUUCCUGAGAUACAGCACCACAGAUUUCCAUCAUCCAGGCCAUUUUUGCCUUGUAAGGUACCAGCACCACUUUCUCAGGGAUGGAGUUCUCCGAAUUAAUCAAAGUGUCCAAGGUGGAGGAUGUUGUCCUGUAUCGACCCUUUGUAGCCCCUGUGAAGGGAACUCUCUGCAUUUCCAGUCAUCAUCUCUUGUUCUCUUCUGGGACUGAGGGUACCAUGGAACUCUGGCUGUUAAUACGGAACAUUGAUGCAGUUGAGAAAAGCAUUCUAAAUCUGGGUGGAUAUCAACUCAGCAAAGCCAAAAGUUCACAGGAAGCUGGCAGACUGAUGGCAUCUUCAGGCACAAUCACCCUAAAAUGCAAGGACUUCAAGAUUCUACAGCUGGACAUCACUGGUAUGGAAGAGUGUUUGAACAUAGCCAGCUCCAUUGAGGCCUUGUUAUCCCAGAACUCUUUGGACAUGAUGUAUCCAUUCUUCUUUAGACCAACGUAUAUGAACAUGCUGGAAGGUUGGGACCAGUAUUCACCUGAAAGGGAGCUUGCAAUGCUGGCGGAUCAUACAGAUGCGUUUAGGAUCAGCUACAUCAACAAGGAUUUUGCUGUGUGUUUCUCAUACCCCUCAGUGCUGAUUGUGCCUAAAUCCAUUGAUGAUGAGGUGUUGAAGAAAUCGGCCAAGUUCCGACAAGGAGGCAGAUUCCCUUACCUCAGUUAUUAUCACAAGAAGAAUGGGAAGAUGAUAUUCCGGAGCAGUCAGCCACUUAUUGGUCCCAAUGUAAGGAGAUGCAAAGAAGAUGAGGGGCUGCUUGGCACUAUUGUUGGCAGUGAUGAAAGGGCCUACGUUCUUGAUACAAGAUCAAGCCAAAGUAUUCAGCAGGCAAAAGUCAUGGGAGGAGGAACAGAGUCCACUUCAAAUUACCGAAACUGGAAACGCCUACAAAAAGCACUGGAAAGGGGACGAAUACUCCAGGAGAGUCUAAUUAAACUAGUAGAGGCCUGUAAUGACCAGUCCCAUAAUAUGGACCGUUGGCUAAGCAAACUAGAAAAUUCCAAGUGGCUCUCACAUGUGCAGUCUAUCCUGAAUGCAGCCUGCAUGGUUGCACAGUGCGUGGAAAGAGAAGAAGCAAGUGUACUUGUGCACGGCUCAGAGGGGACUGAUACCACCCUGCAAGUCACUUCGCUGGCGCAGGUAAUUCUGGAUCCAGACUGCAGAACUUUAAUGGGAUUCCAAUCCUUGAUUGAACGAGAGUGGCUUCAGGCUGGCCAUCCGUUUCAGGCUCGUUGUACACGAUCUGCGUACUCCCAUGCAAAACUGAAACAGGAGGCACCAACCUUCCUUCUUUUUCUAGACUGCUGCUGGCAGCUGAUGCGACAAUUCCCAUGUUCGCUAGAGUUCAAUGAACAGCUCCUUAUCACGCUCUUCGAACAAGCCUAUGCCUCAAGCUUUGGCACUUUCCUGGCAAAUAAUGAAAAGGAAAGGUUCAACAACAAUGUGAAAGAAAAGACACAUUCUCUUUGGUCUUGGAUCAACAGUCAAAGUGAGCACAAGAGAUACAUUAACCCUUUCUAUAGCAGGAAUCUAUUUACCAUAUGGCCUUCCAUACAACCACAGAGCCUUCAGCUGUGGCAAGGUUUAUUCUUCCGUUGGAAUUCCUUGACACAACAUAAGAAUGAAGUCUGGAAUGCAAUCAACAACAUAAUAAACUGUGAGUUCUGGCAUUCGCAUAAAGACAAGGAAAGACAUGAUCUGCAUCUCUCUCUGAACACCACUGAAGAACAGCUUUCAAAAUAGUACCUGGAAUUUGUGGAAAAAAAUCAACAGUUCCUGUUUGGGAUAUUCACCAGAAUUUAUAGGGAAAACAAUCAACUUUCCUAUAUGAGACUAUGAGGUCUGUUUUAUGAAGUGAAUGCUGACAGACAAACAGAGAUGACAAUACUGACAACAAGUGAAUGAGCCAUGUGGUGCCCUUAAUCACUCAUUACGGAUCUUAUAACCUAUGACCUUUGCAUGGUUGGUAUCAUCACUCAUUAUGGAUUGUAUAAUCUAUGCACUUUGCAUGGUUGGUAUCAUCACUCAUUACGGAUCUUAUAACCUAUGACCUUUGCAUGGUUGGUAUCAUCUCUCAUUACGGAUCGUAUAACCUAUGCACUUUGCAUGGCUGGACUCAUGACAAUAAUGUCACAAAGAGUGCAUAUGAUACUUGAACAUUCAUGCAAAUUAUAAAUGAGUUUUUCACCUUUAAAUUUCCCAUGAAGUAUAUGAAUUCAGUGCAUAAGAUAGGGUAGAUUGUGACAAAUCCUGCUCAUGAAAUAUUGUGACAGUCCAAAAGGGUACCUCAUGCAUACAGACAAUGUAGCUCCUAUCUCAAUGUGCUGGGCAACAAGCAGGUAAAGUGUUAGAUUCCCAGCUAUGGAUAAAUUCCCAUUAUCUUGAAUAGUGCUGCUGCUGGAUUUGAACUUUAAGAUGUGAAUUUGGAUUGCAAGAAGAAGAAGACAAUCUCUGCCUUACCAAUACCAAUGAGA